GUCGUAGCAAUGGACACUUGGCAAAGUUGCAUGAUACGACUACCCCAAGUUGACGAACAGAUCGUUUGUCAAUGGAGAGUCAAAGCAGCUGAGUUGAGUUUGGAACCGACUUUGGCAUCGCCAUUCAACACACUAGACCUUCUCUUUACGACAACGCAUGAAGACGUCUUGACUACAGAACUUUUUGUUGAGUCUCUAGACGAACAUAGUCGACGCAAAAGUAACGGCCUAGGCAAUCUUUCGAAAACCCCCAUGGCUCUCAUACUCUCACAUCUAGAGUCACGAUCAGAAAAUCCAGGGUUCAGCGAGUUGGCCAUAAAAUUAUUGAUUCCAGCCGAGAGGGGAUAUGUUGUCUGCUCAAAUAUCCUCUCCCAACGUAUGGCCGGCUGCGAGCAUGUACAAAGCAUCCAGGAAUUUCUUGAACCGUUCGAAGAAAUAACCCACGAAUGUCUUUCUUCCGCCAACCCUGAAAGAUUUCGGCAGUUGAUACACAGUGCAUCAGGUGGAAUUGUUCUACAACGGAGCACAACGUUGUCACCGAUUGAAGUCCUAGGUUUCAUUGACAGCCAGUUGGCCAUCCGAAUGUCAAUUCCAUGGGUGCUACCUUCAACUCCGCUGAGGCAGGUAGUUGUUGCACUAGGGCACCAUAGAGUCCAAUCAAUGGAGAUGUUCUAUGCCGCAGCUCAAAGUCUUGGAAUUCGGUUACUACUCGUGGACAGUAAUGACGACAAAAGCCAUUCCCACUGUCGGGACGGAAUUAUAACAGUUGACAUGACGUUCGACAACGGAUUGCAACCCCGAAUAGUGGAAGCCCUACAGAGCCAACCAGAGAUCAUCAGUGGCAUCGUUGCUUACAGAGAUCAACUUCUGGUAACAGCGGCGAGAGUGGCGGAGAAGCUAGGGCUACCAACUUCGCCUCCAUCGGCAGUUGCGGUAUGUGUCAAUAAAUUCGCAAUGAGGCUGAGAGAAAUGACAAACUGCUCUCAACUAUUGUACGCUCGAGAUCUCCAUCACCUGAAGGAACAAGUUAAUUCGCACCCAAAGGCUUUAGAAUUUCCACUUGUGGUAAAGCCGUGUGAAGGCCAGGGCUCCGUCGGCGUAUCAAAAGUCACCAAUAUGGAACAGCUCUUUGAUGCCGUAACGGGAAUUGAAAAUUAUGGUAGCAAGUCUGGGGUCAUGGUUGAGAACUACAUUGAUGGGCCUGAAAUUGAUGCCAAUUUCGCCAUUUUGGACGGAGAAAUUUUAUUCUUCGAAGUUGUUGACAAUUUCCCGUGCACAGCAGACGAGAAGGGAAACAGAAAGACCGACUCGUUCCUAGAACGUGACAUGGUGUACCCUUCUGGUCUGGGCGAGACGGAAAUUCUUGUGAUAAGGGACGCAAUACAGCGGUUGCUGGUUGAUAAUCUAGGCUUUCGAACAGGUGUUUUCCACGUGGAGGCCCGAGUCUGUGGGUCGAAUAUGCAAUAUACAGUAGAAGAUGGCAUCACGGAUCUCCGCCAAAACCACCAUUCUCGGCUAGUAUCCCCAAGUCUAUUUAUCCUGGAAGUCAAUGCGAGAUGUCCCGGAGUAGCUGGUGUUUAUCCUACGGUAUAUACUUAUGGAGUUGAUUUUGCGACUCUUUGGCUUCUCUCUGCAACAGGAGACUCCCGGAGACUACGAGCCUUGUCACAGUCAUACCUCAACGGCCCACAGCUCUGGUGCGAUCUUGUGCCAAUCACUGUGACUCGUGGCGGAACUCUUGACAGCGAUGAUAUAAUAGAUGAACUGCGGCAACGUCGGCCGGACCUUACGGUACAUGUUUCUAACACCACAUGUUUCUAUCGGCGUGGCGAUAUAGUCCCCGAGCCUUCCGUAACAAACUUAACGGGUAUCAUUGCGGAAUUUGUCUGUUUUUCUAGGAGAAGUAGGGGAGACCUAUUAUGUAUUGUGAAUCAGAUUCGACAAGAAGUCCGUAUUCGCUGGAAGUAAAUAGGAUUCAAACCGUUUAUCACGAAGAAAUCCAUCGAUUGGAUAUCAGUG